GUGUAUCACUGCAUUUAAAAAUUCAAUGUUGGAAAAAUGUAUUGGCAGCACUUUUCGAUAGCACCAGCUGAUAAAUGAAACACAAAGCAGUCGGUGGACAACAAAGUGGUUGCGAUUAUUUCUGCUGUAAAUGCAAUUCAUUUACGUUUAAUUAUUUAAUCUUGUCUAAGUAUAUAAUGCCGGAUACAAUUGAAGUAACAAACGAUGCCAAAGAAAAUGAUGCUAUAAAUACGACGGAAGGCGAUGUAAUAUCAAAGCCGGAACAAAUCAAAGUAGCCGGCUAUGAAGACUUCCGCAAAACAGUAGAAGACUUAUCCAAAAAUUCCAAAACACAGAUAAAUAUUUAUUUCACAGGUGAAAAAAUGGAUGGAGUAAGUUGGUGCCCUGAUUGCAACGAUGCGGAACCAGAGGUGAAAAAGGCCUUGCAAUUCGCUGAAGCUGAAUCUGUGUUUGUAGAAGUCGACGUCGGUAAUCGUGAAUUUUGGAAGGAUAUGAAGAAUCCAUUUCGUCUGGACAAUGAUAUAAAACUUAUGGUCAUUCCAACACUUCUGCGUUGGAAACGUGUUGAACGCCUUGAUGGUGAACAAUGUGGAAAAAGCGAUUUAUUACAGAUGUUCUUUGAGGAAAAUUCUGAUUAAAUUCUUUAACGAAGUGUUUAAACCAUAAAGAUUAAAAUUUUAAUUGAGAUAAGAUAAAAUUGCUUGUAUAAAGUGACCCACAUAAGAGUAUAUUCCCAUACUUGCUGCCAAAUCCAUAACACAUUAAAUAUUAAAUAUAGAUGUGUGACUUUAUAAUUGCAAAUACGUAUAAAUAUAUUUUAGCUGAAGGCGUCUGUUACUGCUGCUUUAUUAUAGCCUAACAUUGUAUGUCUUAUAAUAAUUAAUAUAAAUAUAAUAUAAAUAUAUUUUU